GCCUGGUGCCAACGGUAGCGGUCUCUAACGAUCGUAUGCAGUCGGAAUGCUUUGUAUGGAAGACGUGAUCUCUCAUGAGCGAGAACAGGCCUUCGCGCAUCGUACGUUCACCGUUUUCGACCUGGUAGAAUGGCCGAAUAUCACCCUCGAUGUUGCUGGUCGUUUGUGCAAUCAGCGUGCCUUCAUUGGCCCCACGGAAGACGAGGCCCAAACUGUGAAAUCGAAGUGCCCUGAGUUCAUCGAUACUCGAGACGAAUUAAUCUCGUCUUCUCCCUCUGUUUUCCCCGUCACCGUCAGCCAACGACAACCUUUUGGCGGCAUCGUUCUACACUAAUGACGUCCUCGUGUGGAGAGUAUCGGACGGGUUAUUGGUUCAGUGCCUACGCCACCAGGAACAUUCCAUGUCACAUACAGACCUAAUUUGGUCCCUGGCUUUGUCCCCAAACUGCGAUACCCUCGUCUCAGGGUCCCACGACAAUACCGCGACUAUCUGGGAUAUACGACGUGGUUGUGCACUUCAACGCCUCAAAGGACAUAGCGGAAUCGUGAACAUAAUCGCAUAUGCCCCUCAUGGCGCGCUCAUCGCCACACGAUAAAUCUGUCAGACUCUGGGACGCAUCAACUGGAGCAUGCCUGCAGUCUCUCAGUAUUGACAAGGACAAGGGCGUGGACGAGCUAGCCUUCUCUCCGGACGGUUCACGCUUCUACAUCAAACUAUUCUACUCCUGUUCUAUCUAUGAUACGGAGACCUACACGCACAUUGAAGAUGUUGACGCGGUUUCCUGGGCGAUGUCGCGCCAAGGUGACCGCAUCGUCACGACCACCGAAACGGACAAGGCUCGAGUCAAAGUUUGGAACGCGACGACUGGCCAAGAACUCCUUGCGAUCAACGAAGGACAAACGCAGCCAGGCCUCGUAACAUUCUCGCCAGACGGGGGCGAAGUUCUGUUGACUUGUGAGGCAAACGAAACGGUCAGUAUUUACGACUCGUGGACGGGCCAACUGCGUCGCACCCUCAGGCCAUCGAACAUACCACGUUUUGUGAUGUAUUCUCCGGAUGGGAAGCAUGUUGUCUUCGUCGAUGAACAUAAAGGUGUUGAAGUAUAUGGCGGGAAGUCGGGAGCGUUCGUUGGGAAGGUUGAAGGAUACGGCGACAACGCGAAAUGUCAUGCGGCUCAGCUUUUACCUGACGGCCAGACCCUUCUGUUGCAUCAUAGUAUUGGCGGGCCUAGGGGCGACGACAGACAUGUUCAUUUGUAUAACAUUCGAGAUCUAGUGCGGAUACGGUAGCACACUAUCACUUGCAUAGCUCGUUGUAUCAUGUUACUUGUAGCAAGCGGGCAUGGGUGAAGACGAUAAACUUUUUAUCUCGGAUAUCGGUCGAGACAAUAACCGGGCGGAGGGCAUUUCAAGGUUCACAGGCUGUGCGUAGUGAUCUGUCGCAUGACAGGCAGGCGUAUUGAGAUAUUCACGUAAGCCGAAGUGGCCAGCCAAAUGAUGGAUCCCUGUGAUGCAAACAUCGGUGGGUAUGCCCAGCAACAUCCUGUAUCUUCCGGCAGCUUUCGACCUAAGCGGACGUCGGCGACCCCGGUUGCCUCUUUCAACUGCAGAGGCAGAAUAGUCGCUCGAAACUUUUCCUGUGCACAGCACUGCGACAAAGCUUACGCCCACUAGCGGAUCCGUUCCCGACAUGGCGCAACUGCAGGCGCAGGUACCCUCGUUUGACAUGUAGGGCCUGUGAGGUUUGCGCUCAUCUUGAUCUGCGUACGAGCGCAUCGUCUCCGUAUCUCCCGAGCAGCAGUCCUUACGAGCCUGCCUGUAGCCGGUUUGGUGGCCAACAGUGAGCAAUGCGGCAAGGGAAGCGCGCUUGGUCGGUGCUG